AUGGAGGAUCAGAAGCAGACUAGUGAGGAGCGACCAGUGAGAGUAUAUGCAGAUGGCAUAUAUGAUCUCUUUCACUUUGGCCAUGCUGGUUCUCUCGAGCAAGCCAAGAAGCUGUUCCCAAACACGUACCUGCUUGUUGGCUGCUGCAAUGAUGAAACUACCCACAAUUAUAAGGGCAAAACUGUUAUGACCGAGAAGGAGCGCUAUGAGUCACUCCGCCAUUGCAGAUGGGUGGAUGAAGUUAUUCCCGAUGCACCAUGGGUGCUCUCACAAGAGUUUCUUGACAAGCAUCAGAUUGACUAUGUGGCACAUGACUCUCUUCCCUAUGCUGAUGCAAGUGGGUCUGGAAAGGAUGUCUAUGACUUUGUUAAGUCCGUUGGAAAGUUUAAGGAAACAAAACGGACUGAUGGGAUUUCUACAUCAGAUAUCAUAAUGAGGAUUGUUAAAGAUUACAACCAGUAUGUGAUGCGUAAUUUGGACCGUGGGUACACAAGAAAGGAGCUAGGUGUUAGCUAUGUGAGGGAAAAGCGACUGAGAGUGAACAUGGGACUGAAAAGAUUGCGUGAGAGGGUGAAGGAGCACCAAGAAAAAGUAGGAGAGAAGAUACAGAUAGUUACAAAGACUGCUACAAUGCGUCGUAAUGAAUGGGUGGAGAAUGCUGAUCGAUUGGUUGCUGGAUUUCUUGAGAGGUUUGAAGAAGGUUUCCACAAAAUGGGAACAGCCAUAAGGGACCGAAUUCAAGAGCGAAUAAGGAAGCGGCAGUUCGGAGGCCUUUUAUAUGAAGAAGAUGAUGAUGAUGAGUUCUAUGACGACUCUGAAGACGAACGCAAUGAUGAAGACGAAGAAUAA